UAAAACCGAAAAGAAAUGUUUGCCAAACUCCGGAAGACUUAUCCUGGCAGCGAGGCAGUGAGACCUUCGUCUGAACCCAGCUUCUCAAGGGACUUGGAAAAUGAAUCAAAUGUCAAGAAAAGACGAGCCCAGUAUUUUCUCGGCCGUAUGCAGCAGCUUCUGUUGUUCCUAGCCAUUUUCUUAAUUUUCCCCGUGGUGAUCUUCUGCGCCUUUAAGUUUUUGGUAAUGGAACCGCUCUACGGGAUCAGCGACUCCAAUGUGGCCAUUGGAUCUGCCGUGGCCACGGUGAUAGUGAUGCAUGUCCUGAUCGCGGGCUAUAUCCUGCGCCUGAUCUCCAUGCAGGAGUUCUCGCGCAUGGAGAAGCUGGAGGUGUGGGCCGAGUGGGAGGUUCUGGGGCCACCGCAGACCCAGAUGCACGGUCCCGUGUUUAUCGUCCUGCUGCUGAUGUCCUACUGCUCCCUAAUCAUCGGCUUUCCCAUCGCCACCUUCUUCGCCCUCAAGUUUGUGGUCCUCAAGAGUUUCGCCCACAUUGACGCCGACAUUAUUUCGGCCAUCUGCACCGUAGUCGCCGUUCAUGCCGCUGUUGGCUUCUACAUUUACCGGGCCAUUUACACCAAGGGUGUAUCGGCUAAAACCAAUCGGGAUGGCGGGAGGGUAUCCCUGUAAUUUGGCUCGGAGACAAACAAAUUUUGUAGCUCGUUGGUAGAAAAUGAACCU